AGCACACCACGAUCCGUUUCUUGACUCUGCUGAUGACUUCGGUCUCGGUAGAGUACUGGAUCUUGCUGUUGGGUUUGCUCGAGAGGGACAUCGCUCUUGAAAUUGCGCCGGGACGUUCAGGGUCGUUCUUAUUUAUAUGAAUCCGGAAGAAUGAUCGGGCAAAGACUGGGCCAAUGAGUCGAAUACUCUACAAGUUCAAGCAUUCUACGAGUCUAGCGCCCGAACCUCAUCUCAGCAUCUGCAUACUCAUCUAAUGCAGCUCGCAGAUCCAGCUCAGACAUAAGCUGCGAGCCGCUCUCGCCGGCCCUCCGCAUGAUGAGGUUCCACACGCGUCGAAGCAAUGAGCGGCGUUUACAGCAAUGGCUGUGGACGUAUCAGCCUGAUUUGCCAGGGCGGAAAACCGUGCAAUUCCAAAGGCGGUUGGUUCGACGGCGAGGGUUUCAAGUGGUACACGAUUAGGAAGUCCGGCGCGGUUACAGACCCUGGACCUGCAAUAAGUUCAGAUCAGCGCGGCCAACGGACCAGUGGAGCCUCUUACCUUCCAAGACAGAUGUUAGCGCCUCAACUGUUACAUCUGACGGUUGCCCCGUCUUUUUCUGUUGGCGAGCAAGGGACACAGCUGCUACUGCAAGCGCAGGUUUCGAGCAUUGCCGCGAUGCGAUGCACAGAGUCAGCGGUCGAGCCGAGCAGCCUAAACCAUGCUUCCGGUCAUCAAUCAGACUGCGCUGUGUUUUUGCACUUACGAGAAGCAUGUCGUUCUCGAAGACCGGACUUUGACAAACGCCGUUGGCGCGGACUGCCCGGAAUUCGGAUAGUAACCGCGCACACAUUCCCAUCGUUCUGCGGCGACAAUGGCCGAGAUUCGGAAUGUUCAGAGGGAGGUGGUGUUAAAGGAUACUGAGUGUCUGAGUCUGAAUCCGUGUCAUGGGCCAACGCGUUCGGUGCGAUUUCGUGCACAGAAUCAGAGAGGAGGUCUACGAGUCGUAGACCGUGCAUUUCUCGAUAUUUGCGGCAGGGCACCAAGUCACGAGGCGUUUUGUAGUCUCUAGCAGGUAGUCCUGAGUGAGUUUGCGGCCGUCGUGGGGGUUGGAGACGACUAUUAGGGCUAGAUGACGUGGAGUUCUCCUACGUGUCGCAGAGAGUGGCAGAGGUAAAGACACGAAGAAGCGGAGUCGGAGGGCGGAAAAGAAUGCCACUAAAGAGUGUAUGAAGUGUAAACCCCGGAGCAAGACAUAUAGUACGAUCGCCAUCGACGCGACGACGCGAGAGGUUGAGGAAGGACAGGCGUCGGCC